GGCCGUGGAUCGAGAGGAUGUGAGGGUCUUCCCCAAGCACAAGGAGGACAACAAGAUGCAGUUCAUGACGGCCAACCUGAUCCGCGGGUGGUUCCAGCGCAUGGAGCACGUGCGCAGGUACGCGUUCGGUGUUGCACCCAUGAUUGGGGAGGAGAGGCGGCACGACGUUGUGGCGCUGUGGGUGUUGUGUGGCGGUGUCAUGCCGGCGGUUGUGAGGAUGUGGAGGACACGGAGCUGUUUGACUGGGAGGAGGUCGCUGACGUCGCGGCGCAGCGGGAGUGCAUGACGGACUGCCUGUGCUGGGAGGGCCCGACGAUCCUGAGGCCUGUGCUGGAGGGGCGUGUGUUGAGGUGA